GUCUGUGCAUCUUAUGGAGCGGCUGGCCCGGUACUCCCUCGUGGUAGAAUACCAGGCCGACCGCUCAGGCUCUAAUGUGUAGAAGAACCCACUCCUCCAUCCUACCUGUUCCUCGGUCCAGCAGUGUACUGCUUCCAUCAGCCAUCUUCUCUCCUUUACGUCGGCAACUUCAGUGUGGGCACUUGGCUGUCUGCAGUCUCUGGUCAUCUCCUGUACUAUGUCCGCAGUCUCUGGUCAUCUUCUGUACUAUGUCCGCAGUCUCUGGUCAUCUCCUGUACUAUGUCCGCAGUCUCUGGUCAUCUCCUGUACUAUGUCUGCAGUCUCUGGUCAUCUCCUGUACUAUGUCCGCAGUCUCUGGUCAUCUCCUGUACUAUGUCCGCAGUCUCUGGUCAUCUCCUGUACUAUGUCCGUAGACUCUGGUCAUCUCCUGUACUAUGUCCGUAGACUCUGGUCAUCUCCUGUACUAUGUCCGCAGUCUCUGGUCAUCUCCUGUACUAUGUCCGCAGUCUCUGGUCAUCUCCUGUACUAUGUCUGCAGUCUCUGGUCAUCUCCUGUGCUAUGUUCGCAGUCUCUGGUCAUC